UAUAUAAAUGUGACACCGGAGUUUGGAACGACAGUCUUAUUCCACACCCUGAGGAAAGAUGAUCAAGCUUAUACUGUCCCUCGUUGCGAUUCACGGGGCUCUGGGUAUCCCGAGGGCGUCGACUCUGCGCUAUGGAGUUCCCGCCAGAAAUGCUUUUGAAGGAACUCGCGAUUUCUUUAACACCGCGAGUCAGACAGCGGUGGCUGCGCUGCCCGGCACGAGGAAUCUCGCGGCGAAGAGACAGCUGCCCAACUUACCUCCUAUCCCAGAAUUAAACCAGGAUAAUGCGGUGCAGGAAGAAGUCCUCGAGGUCGCCGUGGCUCCGGAGAACUCGGAGCUCCCGCAGCACGAGUACCACGACGGCUACUUUAGCCAACCCAUCGCCUAUUACCGGGCUAGUGAUGUCCGACAGCAGCCUGAAUACCGGGGCUACGACUAUCAGAAGCCCGAAAGUGAAGGUUACGCCUAUCAGAAGCCGGAGAGCCAGGGCUACGACUACCCAAAGCCCGAAAGUAAGGGUUACGACUAUCCAAAACCGGAAAGCCAGGGCUACGACUACCCAAGACCCGAUAAUCAGGGUGGUGAGUCCCAGCAGCCGGAAAGUAUAAGUUAUGAUUACCAGAAACCGUCCACGCAGACUCCGUACUACUACUACCCACCUGUACCAGCACCGGGUGCUGGUAUACGGUUCCCACCGGAAGCUGGAUCGAACAUUUACGAAACUGUGAUCGGACCGAGUUUUCCUCAACCAGAAAGCGGUCAGAACAUCCUUUCUACUGGCAUUGGUGCAUCGCCUCUACCGACAUCAAAUAGUCAAUCUCCUGUGAUUCUUCCACCUGGGACCACGAGCAAGAUCCAGGAUAAUCGUGGGCAGUAUUCACAUGGGUUCUCAGGUCCAGACGGCACCCAAGUCCAGGAAUCGGGUCACUUGAUAACAACCAACGGUGGAUGGGAGUACGUAAUCGCUAAAGAAGGGAGCUACAGCUACACCAGUCCCGAGGGAAUCCCCAUCCACAUAGGCUACGUGGCGGACGAUAACGGAUUCCGAAUUACCAGCCAACGUUUCGGUCGGUAAGACCAGCGAAGAUACCGUAAGCGGUAAUGAAAGUUCCACCGUUGAUACAAUUUUGCCAAGAAGUUCGCUCGGCCCAAUAGAAUAGCGGUUUUACCUUCCUCGUUAAUAUUAGUACUGGUAUUAACACCACUUUUACUUUAUUUCUUUCUUAUUUUGGCACAAAAUUACUUUCGAUAAAAAACAAUAGCGAAUAUUAUGAUGGAAAUAGACGGAUUUUUGAUGAUCAGUGCUUACUAGCAAUUAGUGUAGUUUCCGCCUACAUCCACAUCACGAUAUAUACAUAUAUAUAUAUAUCACAUGCGGUAUGUAUUUUUAGUAUAGUUUUUACUGUGGCAAUGUAACGACUAAAUUCAACUGAUACGAUGAGGAACUGGUCAGAUUCGUCGUUGGGACGUCAAGACUAUUUAAUUUAUUUUAGUCGCACAAUAAAAUGUCAGUAAUAUUUGUACAAUCUUGGUUUUGAACGACAUAUCAUGUUUGUCGCGAAGCCCUUACUCACCAUACUUGACGGUUAAUUUAUUACUCCAUAAUGAUUUCUCUUAUCGAUGACAGUUUUCAAUGAGUAAGAAUU